AUCUUUUUAGAUUUUUCUCUUAAAUUGAUUUUAUUUUGGUAGUUAGCUGUACUAGUGAAGUAGUAGCCGAAGCAUUAUUUUCUCUUCUCGUUGAAAUUGAUCCCUUCUAAUAUUUUUCUUCUUCUUCUUCUUCUUCAUAAUUUGUAUCAAUCAUUUCAAAGAACCAUUCUCUCUGUAUAUCUCCUUUCCAGUUUAGCUAUAUAAAGGAGCGGUUUUUAAAAAUAUCUUAGAACUCGAUUGGUUUUGAUAGCUUAUAGCCAAUCAAGAUUUCUUAAGUUCUGUGAAAAAUGGGAUGCUUUGCGUCAACGCCGAAAGACUCAGGUGGGAACAGAAGAAAGCCAACAAGCAUCGGUGAGGUUUCAGUAUAUGUACCUGGUUUAAGGAUACCCAGAGCGGUGGAUUUUUUGCAGUCACUUGGUGAUCAAUUACCGAAGACUUUAGUGGAACGCUUGACAGCUUUAAGAACGCGUAUAGUAGUGAUGGCUAAUCAAGAAGGACCUACAAUUACGAGAACUAGGAGAAAGACACAACAUGGAGGUUCAACGCUCUUGGAUCUCCAUCAAGCUUUGCUAGAUUAUCUACCUGUUGUCUUGGGAUUAACUAAAGAUGGUAGCCAUCUACAGUUUAAAGUGCAAUUUAAUUGGGUAAAUCAGGAGGAUGAGGAAGAGGAAACAGAGAUGUCAAACGUUUGGUAUGAAGUUUUAUCUGUUUUGCAUCUAAUGGCAAUGCUACAAAUGUCUCAAGCCAAUUUACUGCUUCUUCCUAGAGGUUCUAGUGAUGGUCACAAUCAUCCGAAAGUAUCCGAAGAAAACAGACGAACUUCGAUUGAUAUCUUCUUAAAAGCAGCUGGAUAUCUUGAUUGUGCCGUUAAGCAUGUUCUCCCCCAGUUUUCUGCUGAGCAAAGGAGAAGUUUACCAGUUGACUUAGCAGAAGGAACUCUACGGGCUCUUUGCUUGCAAGCACUUGGCCAGGGUGUUGAUAUCCAACUUGGCAUGGCGAUUGAUAGCUCAAAGGCCACUCUUGCAGUAAAACGAAGACUUUCAUGUGAAAUGGUGAAAUAUUGGCAGCAGGCACAAGAUAAUUUAAUGAAUCUCCCGUUAGCAAAUGGUUGGGGAGAAAAGCAUGGACUCUUUGUUAAGUGGAAGUAUGUUGAAGCUAAGGUACUGUUACAUUCUUUCUCUCUUGCUCUUAUACUCCUUUCAUAUCUGAAUUUGUCUGUUCCUUUUGUCUUGAGGUAUGGCCCUUUCUUGUAAACUGUCUCUAUAAGACCCAAAUUUUGUUUUUGCUUAUAAUAUGAUCCAUAUCAUUAUUAUUUGAGAACCAUGAGUCUUUUAAGAGAGUCUAUCUCUCGAUGUGGAGUUAAGUGCUAUAGGUGACGAAGGUUCAUGUGUCUAAUGUCUUGUUUCAUCUUCUGGAAUCUUUUGGAUCAGGCUGCGGCUUACUACUAUCAUGGUUUGAUUCUUGAUGAAGGAAACACAGAGAAGUCACAUGGCAUGGCAGUUGCUGCUUUACAAGCUGCAGAUGAAUGUUUCAAAGAAAGUAAGAAAGCAUCCGAAGCAUUCAACGCCUCUGCGCCUACUUCAAGAACACCGCCCCUCUUUGGAACAAUGAAAUAUCUAACUGAGAAAAUCCCGAAAGAUACUUCGAGUAAAGUCAGGAUAAACCGUGAUCUCUACUCCUAUGAAAAAAUCAUGGAGACAGCACCAACACUUCCUGAUUUCGCUUUGGCAUUGAAACCAGAUGAGUAUCAACUUCCACUCGCCGAAGCUUCGUAGUCUGAAGAUGCUCAAAGCGCUUCGAACCAACUUUAGGAGCAAACGAAGAGAGAGAGAGAUGUGUAAACCUUGUAUAGCCAAAAAAUCAGUGGUUUCCAAUGACGGCCUGCAAAUUAUGGUAUGGCUAUAGAAUUUACCCAACAGGUUUCUAUGAUCUGAUCUCUACCGUGUGAGAAAAAACACUUAUCAAAAUUGGGUUUGGAUCAGUUUACAUGAGAGAGAUCUUUGUAUGUUAAUGUACUAAUAUAUUCCUUCAAUAAAGCAUUAUUUUUUUCCCAUUUCCAAGAUUGAUAUACUUCAACAAAAUAAAAAGUAAUAUGCAAAAGCAAAUGGUGG